GGCAGGGCUCCUGAAAUCAGGAUCUGCAGCCCGAGUUGGAGUUGUCUCACCCCCAUGUCACCUGAAGAAAAACUGGACCCGAUUCCUGACAGCUUCAUCCUGCAGCCCCCGGUCUUCCACCCGGUGGUUCCUUAUGUCACGACAAUUUUCGGCGGCCUGCACGCAGGCAAGAUGGUCAUGCUGCAGGGCAUGGUCCCUCUAGGUGCACGCAGGUUUCAGGUGGACUUCCAGUGCGGCUGCAGCCUGUGUCCCCGGCCAGAUAUCGCCAUCCACUUCAACCCUCGCUUCCACACCACCGAGCCCCACGUCAUCUGCAACACCCUGCACGAUGAACACUGGCAAAAGGAGGCCCGGUGGCCCAGCCUGGCCCUGCAGAGAGGGGCUAGCUUCCUCAUCCUCUUUCUCUUUGGGGGUGAGGAGGUGAAGGUGAGUGUGAAUGGACAACACUUUCUCUGUUACCGCUACCGGCUCCCACUGGCUCGUGUGGACACCCUCAGCAUAUUUGGUGACAUCGUGGUGAAAGCUGUUGGAUUCUUGAACAUCAACCCAUUUGUGGAGGGCCGCAGAGAGUAUCCCGUUGGACACCCUUUCCUGCUAAAGAGCCCCCAGCUGGAGGUGCCCUGCUCAUGUGCUCUUCCCCGGGGUCUCUGGCCCGGGCAGGUCAUCAUAGUACGGGGGCUGAUCUUGCAAGAGCCAAAGGAUUUCACUCUGAGCCUGAAGGACGAGGCCGCCCGUGUUCCUGUGAGGCUCAGGGCUUCCUUCGCAGACAGAACUCUGGCCUGGAUCUCCCCGUGGGGACGGAAGAAGCUAAUCUCGGCCCCCUUCCUCUUUCACCCCCAGCGAUUCUUUGAGGUGCUGCUCCUGUGCCAGGAGGGAGGGCUGAAGCUGGCACUCAAUGGACAGGGGCUGGGGGCCACCAGCCUGGGCCAGCAGACACUGGAGCGACUGCGGGAGCUCCAGAUCAGUGGGAGCAUCCAGCUGUACUGUGUCCACUGCUGA